UUGGCCACUAGCAAGUUCCGAAAUCGAAAGUGGAGCAUUCAAUCCUUGUAGCUACUUCAAACUUCGAAGUUGAAGGACGAAUGGAGGAGUUGUCCAUUGGAAUCCGAAGUUACGAAGAGCUUCCAACGGCUAAAGACUUCGACUCUCUGAUAGAACCUACAAACGUUCCCGCUGUUUUUCGUGGAUGCACGAAGGGUUGGAGAGCCUUCUCCCACUGGAAUCCAUGCAACGGUGGACUCGACUACUUGCAGGCUCGGGUAGGCUCUUGUGUGGUGGAGGCUAUGGUUUCUCCAUCUGCGCCCGUUUUUUAUGGUGAUCUUGGAAGCCAUCAUAGGGUUCCUCUUCCAUUUUCUACCUUCCUUGCAUUCUGUAAGAAGCGGAUGCAGAUGCAAAGUGAGAACCAACAAGAACUUGAUUAUUGCCUUGACACACAAACUCAUGACACAGAACAUAGCUGUUCGGCCUUGGAAGAUGUUCCCGAACAAAUUUAUUUAGCACAGGUGCCAAUUAUGAACAGUGAUAGGCAGGAGAGGGUUCAUUUGGAAACUCUAAGGGAAGACAUUCAGAUGCCUCCAAUUUUGGGGGCAAAAGAACUAUCUUCUAUAAAUUUGUGGAUGAACAAUGCCCAAGCUAGAUCAAGUACACACUAUGAUCCACACCAGAAUCUUCUGUGCAUAGUCUCUGGCCGCAAACAAGUUGUUUUGUGGCCUCCUUCUGCUAGUUCCUCACUCUACCCAAUGCCUAUAUACGGGGAGGCUUCCAAUCACAGUUCUGUUGCUUUAGAAAACCCUGAUUACUCAACUUAUCCAAGGGCAGAAUGCUCUAUGGAGUUUGCCCAAAGGGUUGUUCUUGAGGCAGGUGAUGCACUUUUCAUUCCAGAGGGCUGGUUCCACCAGGUAGAUAGUGAUGAUUUGACCAUUGCAAUUAACUUUUGGUGGAGAUCCAACAUCAUGUCUUGCAUGUUGGAACACAUGGAUGCUUAUUAUUUGCGCAGAAUAUUGAGAAGAUUGAUUGACAAAGAAAUGGACCAACUACUGCUUAAGUUGGGGAUAGGGAAAACUAGGACGAGUGAGUGCAAGCUGCCUAAUAAGGGGCGAGCAGAUCAUGUUAAUGGGAAUUAUAGUCAGAAGUUGAAAGGGAUGGAUUUAAAAGAUAAAAGACUUGAAGAGGGGAACACAUUGUUAGAAUUAGAAUCUGGUGCUGUCCAGGUGCUUCAUGAACUUAUGUCUUUGGUUCACAUCAGUGUUAGUGCCAACCAGGAUCAGGAAUCACCAUCAACUUCUAUAAAUGAUUAUAAGCUUGAAGGGGAAAGUAAAUGUGAGAAAAUAGUUACUGAUGACUUGAAAGACGAUCCAGUUGCAAAAAUUCUCUGGGAUGUUGAACCACAAACUCUCCAAUACGUCUUUCUUGCUAUGGCACACAACUUCCCAAGAACUUUAGAGGCGCUUGUAUUGCAUGUACUUUCACCAGUUGGGACUGAAGUCCUUACUCGGAAAUUUGAUGAGAUGGAUCAUCAUACACUUGAGGAAGAUAGGAAUAAAUUCUAUGAGGUUUUCUAUAGUGCAUUUGAUGACCAAUCUGCAGCAAUGAACUCAAUUCUAAAAGGGAAGGAAUUAUUCACUCAACUGGCAUUUAAGAAUGUAUUGGAUAAAUUUGUGGGAGUGAAUCUGGAAAGCUCAAAGUUAGGGUUUAGAUGAGAUGCAAAGUGGAGUAAACCUUAUCGAUGAAUUGGACCCACAGGUACCUCCAGAGAGUAAAUUGAUGCAUAUUUGAAUUAAAGCUUUCCUUCUUCCGGGUCUGUAGAUGCCAAGUGAAGUGAAACUUAUGAAUGAAUUGGGCCCACGGGUACCUCCAAAGAGUACAUUGAUGAGGAUUUGAAACUGAACCUUCUCUUCGUCUGGGUCUGCGCUUUUGUUUCAACAGUGUAGAUUUUAGUGGAUAAAUCAUCACUAAUUUGAACUGUAUUCUGGGUUGUAUAGGCAACAUCAGUUGCAUACACGCUAUCUGAUUAAUACGUUGAAUUAACACAUCGAAAUUCUAUUGGGUUGAUUCUUUGGCCCCUUCAUUAACGUUUCCUUUCUGAAAUGAAAAAUUUCCCAGUUCGGACUCCGGAGUAGCCAAACAUGCCCUCUGCGGCAUUGUUAAAUAUGUUUUACCUCGAGUGAGGCACUAUUAUAUGAGGUUAAAGAAAGCGUUGUCUUGAUAAACAAGGACCAGAUCAAGC